AUGGAUAAAUUUCUGAAUGACAUGGAAAGGGAGAAGCCAAUUAGAUUCACCAAUCAACAACUAAGGAUUGCAACUGAUAACUACUCCAACUUGUUGGGGUCUGGAGGUUUUGGAACAGUUUAUAAGGGAAUUUUUAGUAAUGGGACCAUGGUUGCUGUGAAGGUUCUGCGAGGGACUUCAGACAAGAAAAUCGAGGAGCAGUUUAUGGCAGAAGUGGGUACCAUUGGCAGAAUUCAUCAUUUCAAUCUUGUUAGACUCUAUGGAUUUUGCUUUGAAAAGAACCUGAUAGCAAUGGUGUACGAGUACAUGGGAAAUGGCUCUCUUGACAGGUAUUUGUUCCAUGAAAAGAAGACCUUAGGAUAUGAAAAGCUUCAUGAGAUUGCAGUGGGAACAGCUAGAGGCAUUGCCUAUUUGCAUGAAGAGUGCCAACACAGAAUAAUCCACUAUGACAUAAAACCAGGAAAUAUUCUCUUGGACAGGAAUUUCAAUCCUAAAGUGGCUGAUUUCGGUUUAGCCAAGCUUUGCAACAGGGACAAUACUCAUAUAACUAUGACUGGUGGUAGGGGAACUCCAGGUUAUGCUGCACCCGAGCUUUGGCUUCCAUUUCCUAUAACUCAUAAGUGUGAUGUUUAUAGUUUUGGCAUGCUGCUAUUUGAAAUCAUAGGCAGAAGAAGAAACCUUGAUACUAAAGUUGCUGAAAGCAAAGAUUGGUUUCCAAUGUGGGUUUGGAAAAGAUUUGAAACAGGAGAACUGUGGGAGUUAAUGAUAGUUUGUGAGAUAGAGGAGAAAACUAAGGAGAUUGCAGAAAGAAUGGUUAAGAUAGCUCUGUGGUGUGUUCAGUAUAGGCCAGAAUUAAGGCCGAUGAUGAGUGCUGUGGUGAAAAUGUUGGAAGGUUCAGUGGAAAUUCCUGAACCCGACAACCCGUUUCCGCAUUUCAUGGGUGGGACUACCAUUGCUCAUCCAGUCGCAGAGUCACAGACCUAUAAUACAACAAGUAUUUCAUCGGGUUCUUCUGUCAUGGUAUCAAACUCCAGCAUUGUAUGUGCUACUCCUGUUAUGAGGAAGUACGAGAUUGAAUUAGCCUCUAGCAUUGUAUGA